UCUCUUCAUCUCCUUUCUCGAUCUCUUUUCCACCCUCUCUCUAGAGCUCUGAAGAUGGCUGGACCUAAGCAGAGGAAAAGGGUUGAAGCUGAGACCAGUUCUCUCAAACGCGCCAGAGACGGUAGUGCUUUUAUCAGAUGUGAAGAAUGCAAGAAAGAUGUCCCAGUGGUGCUUAUAGACAUGCACAGUUGCAGUCUUGAGGCUAAAAUCAAGUUAAAUUUAGAGGCCCAGGUUGUGGAGAAGGUCACAGAUGUGAAGAAGAAGCCAGCAGAAAAAAAGAAUGCCACAACAGCAGAACCAAAGCCAAAGAAGUCCAGGAGAUUGAGGAAGGUGAAGGAUCCAAACAUGCCCAAGAGGCCUCCCACAGCUUUCUUUCUCUUCAUGGAUGAUUUCAGAAAGGAAUAUAAGGAAUCAAAUCCAGACUCUAAGAGUGUUUCUGUGGUUGCAAAGGAAGGCGGUGAAAAAUGGAAGUCUAUGACUGAUGAAGAGAAGAAGCCUUACGUGGAUAAAGCUGCUGAUCUGAAGGCUGAGUAUGACAAGGCAAUGGAGACUUACAAUGCUGAGAAUGGAGAGGAAGAGGGAGGCUCAGGCAAGGAACCUGAUCUGGAAUUAAUAGAUGAUGAGUAGUUUAAGAUGGGAUGCUCUCAGCUCAAGUGUACUAUUUUUGCUGAACUGGGUUCUGAACCCUUGUAAAUUUUGAAUUCUAUUUAGCUCAUAGAUGCUUGGAGUUUCUAAAAUGUUCUGAAAGAAGUAUAUUCUUGUUAGCCAUUGAGCUCUCACAUUUGCUUCCAA